AUGUCUUAUCCUCCUCCACAAAACGGCUCGUAUUAUCCACAACAACAAGGUGGUUAUUAUCCUAAUCCCCAGCAGGGCUAUUACCCACCUCAACAGGGAGGCUACUAUCAGCCCACCCCACCACCUCAGACUGUCAUUGUUCAGCAACCCCCACCACAAAAGAACGACGAUUGCUGUACAGCCUGUUUGGCGGGUAUGCUGUGUUGCUGUGUUUUGGAAGAAUGUUGUUAA